AUGUCUCCUUCUUCUCGAAAAGCUGAAACAAGAUAUAUUGAAAAAACCAACGGCGGUAAAUAUAAAUGUCCAUCUAGAGGUUGUCUCGCUAACUUUACAAAUUAUACAAGCCUCAUUACACAUGUACAAGAAAUCCACCGCUCUACGGUAUUGGGAGUACAAUACCAACUUCAAUCUGUACAAGCUCAAAAUUAUCAAAGGAGUGAUAUUGAAUCUUUUAGAGAAUCUUAUCGUAAAGUACUUGCUGAAACGAUACAAGAUUUAGAGCUUAAAAAGGAAAUAUAUUUACCUUUAAUUGAACGUGCUGAGCUUAAGUGUACUAGACAGAGGAUCGUAUGUUUAGAAGACAAUGAUCAAAAAUUAAAGGAAAAAUAUAAGGAAUUAGAGGUAAAAUGUUAUAGCUUGAAAAAAGAGAAUGAGGCUUUACGCGAACAUAAUAAUGAUUAUUUUGUGACACGGUAUUAUGAGUCACAACAAGAAAUUAGAACAUUGCAGAAUCAUGUAAGUUUUUUUGAAAAAUUUAAGAAA